CGCAUGUGCGGCUGACCCGCCCUCCUGCAUCGCUCCGCACCCCCUCGCCGGUGUGUUGGGUUCUCCCUCAGUUCUACAUUUCAGCUUCCCUGAAGCAAAUUUUUGUGUGAUAAGAAGGAGUCUGAGAGACAGGAAUUCCACAUGGAAGCCCAGCCCUUCUGAUAGAGACCUUCUCCACAGAGCUUCAAAGCAGAUGCAAAAGGCCCCAGCAAGGAGCAGGUCCUAAUUUCUCCACCAGAAGCAGUUCUUACUCCCCUCCCCAGAGAGAGCCAGACCUGGGGAUGUCGCCACAGCCAGAAGCCAUCGCCGACUGUGAGACAGCGAACACUGUGGACCAACUUGCAGAAGGUGAUUCUGAGCCCUUCUUAGCACCAUGCUAUCACAUGUCACGUCUAGAUGCGCAGAGGCUUCCUCUGUCCUGAAUGCAGAGAGUUACUAAAUGACAAUGAAGAGAAGGGUUUCUCUUUCUGACACUUUUGAAACCUUCCAAACAACAAAACUGAGCCUGAAAUGAUUUGUCCAUGGUAAUCCAGGACAGAGCCAGGAGCAGAGCACAGGGCUGUUCACUCAGAGGUUACCCUUCGCAGUUCUAUACACUCUUCCAGGAGCAGCAGAAAAUGAAAAUAUCUCAGGCUUCAGUGUCAUUCAAGGAUGUAGCUGUGAAGUUCUCCCAGGAAGAAUGGCAACAAAUAACCCCUGCUCAGCGGGAUCUGUACAGAGACGUGAUGCUGGAAAACUACAGCCACCUGGUCUCCGUGGGGUACUGCAUUUUCAGACCAGAGGUAAUCUUCAAGUUGGAACAAGGAGAAGAGCCUUGGAUGUCCGAGGAGGAAUUCUUGAACAAGAGUUACUCAAGUUUAGAAGAUUACGAAGGUGAAGAUCUGAUCAAGAGGAGCAAAAAAAGUAAACACUUGCAGCAAGUAGUAUUCAUCAAUAAUAAAACAUUGACUAGAGAGGAAGAGAAAGUUUUGGGGAAACCAUUUAAUCUACACAGAGCUCCUGUUUCUUCAGCAAGUAUAUCCUGCAUAUGUGACUCAUGGGGAGUGAAUCUGCAAAAUACUUAUGAAUUUAUUACUAAUAAUAGAAACUACUCAGCAAAGAAAGCAGAUUAUCAUAGUGUAUGUGAGAACUUGCCUUACAAAGUUAAGUUUGAGAGAGCUCAAACUAGACAGAAAUUUUGGGAAUAUAGUAAAAACAUGAAAGUCCUCAGAUAUAAGGAAAAUCUUCCUGAACAUCAAAAGUUUCCAUCUUCAGAGCAAGCCUUUGAAUGUAGUGAAAUUAGAAAAACCUGUGGUAAGGCUGACUGUGUUAUACAUAAGAGUUCUCACAUAGAAAAAUCUGGUAAAGAUGAUGAAUUUAGGAAAAACUCCGAUAAUAUUCUCUUUGACCCCAAGAGAACUGGCAGAGGGGAGAAACACUCUCACUUGAAACAGUGUGAGAAAUCUUUAGAUAAGGCAGCUGUGGAGAUACACAAUAAAUUUAACAUGGCUGUGAAACAUCACGAAUAUAAUGCAAGUGCAAAUAAUUUCAGCAGUUUUACUCAAGCUCAGAGAAUUGUCACAGGAGAGACUCUGUUAGUAUACAGUGGCAGAACACAAACUGGGGAUGAGUCAUUUAAAUAUUACGAACAUAAAUCCUAUCAGACAUUAGCCCACAAAGUACGUCAGAGAAUUCACUCCGAGCUAAAACCCUAUAAAUGUAGUGAAUGUGGGAAAUCCUUCUGUCAGAAAGGACAUCUCAUUCAGCAUCACAGAACUCACACAGGAGAGAAACCAUUUGAAUGCAAUGAAUGUGGGAAAACUUUCUCCCAGAAGUCUCACCUCAGUACACAUCAGAGAAUUCACAGAGCAGAGAAACCCUAUAGAUGUAAUGAAUGCGGGAAGACAUUUGUCCAGAAAUCCACCCUCAGGGGACAUCAGAGAAUACACACAGGAGAGAAACCCUACGAAUGUAGCGAAUGUGGGAAAACUUUUGUCCAGAAGUCGACCCUCAGAGAUCAUCAUAGAAUUCACACAGGAGAGAAAUCCUUUCAGUGCACUGAAUGUGGGAAAACUUUUGGCCAGAAGUCAAACCUCAGAAUACAUCAGAGAACUCAUAGUGGGGAGAAAACUUAUCAAUGUAAUGAAUGUGAAAAAUCUUUCUGGCGAAAAGACCAUCUCAUUCAACAUCAGAAAACUCAUACAGGUGAGAAACCUUUUAAAUGCAAUGAAUGUGGGAAAACUUUUGCCCGGACAUCAACCCUCAGAGUGCAUCAGAGAAUUCACACUGGAGAGAAACCAUUUAAAUGUGAUGAAUGCGGGAAAAAUUUUGUCCGGAAAGCAAUCCUUAGCGAUCAUCAGAGAAUUCAUACAGGGGAGAAACCUUUUCAGUGUAGUAAAUGUGGGAAAACUUUUGGCCAGAAAUCAAACCUCAGAAUACAUCAAAGAACUCACAAUGGGGAGAAAUCUUUUGAAUGCAGUGAAUAUAGGAAAUUGUAUAAGAAGUCAACCCUCAAUGUAUAUCAGAGAAUUCAGGAAAAGAGAUCCCUUUUGAUAGAGUAACUGGAUAAUUCUGACAAAAGACCACCCAUUUCACACCACAGAAUACUCAUUGGGGUAAAGAAAAAACAAAUGGGGGGCCACUGGGUAGAUUGGUGGUUAAGGUGCUGGGCUUCCACAUGACUGAAUGCGAGUGUGUUGAAAAUCAAACUAGGCGUAUAUGUCUGUGUGUGCCUAAAAUCACAAGAGAAUGGAGGAUAUGGAACUGCAGUGUGGCCAU